AAUGUUAGUGACCGCGACCGUACACUCCGAACGCAGGGGCACGUCAGGCACGACAAAACUGGGUCGACGCGGACUUCUUGAUCGACGAAGGCUAUUCUUACCCCUGGCACUAAUAAUCCGCGUAUUCAGUCUUAAGGAAGAUAUUGUGCAGCAUCUUGAUUCACGGCGUAGCGAAAGUCUGCUUCAAAUUUGUUGCCGGGGCACGCAAGCUGCUUGUCGGAGUUCAUCGUGCCUUCAAUCCCGUUUUGAAGUCCGUCUCGUUCGGACUUGCGUUAGAGGUGCCAUCUUGAGAGCUGGGCGCAGAAGAGUCAGCUACAAGGCAACCCCUCCAGCCGAAGAACCGGGCAUCUUAAUUAAUGCAGGACCCAGGACUGGCAGGCACUGGGACUCCUUCCUACUUGUCCCAGACGUUCUGCACGCCAAGCUUCGGGGACGAGGAGUUUGUGAUUCCGCCCAUUGACCUUCAGAACGUCAUUGAGCCCACACCCGCCGAAGAAGCCGCCAUCGCCCAGGCCUUCUACGAAUCCCAGCAGGGCUCCAUGUUGAUGCAGCCGACUACCCUGAGUCAGCCCUUGAGCGCAGCGAUGGGUGGAACGACGACGGAGCCCACAAUGACGUUCCAAGGCAACCAGGGACCCCUCACGGACAUGUUCCAGCACCAGAUGGUCGUGGCACAGCCGUCCCAGCAGGCGCAGGGCGUGUUGUCUUACGAACCGGUCGGUGGGCAGUACGCGGGGCAGGUGCAAUACCAUCAAGCCCAACCUUCGCUACUUAAACCCAAUUCCGCAUCUCCCCCCGGUUCGAACCACGCAUCUCCGAGCCAGGCGUCCACGAGCGAGGACAGCGACGACAGCACUCCCCUCCUCCAACUCGUGGGCGGCGUAAAGCGUCCCUCGCCGGAGCCGCUGCUGAACAAUGGUGCCGCCGUCCUCGGCAAGGCGGCGAAGAAGGCGCGGAUGCCCAAGAAGAAAGGGAAGCGCGAUCCGAACGAGCCGCAGAAGCCAGUGUCGGCCUACGCGCUGUUCUUCCGAGACACCCAGGCGGCCAUCAAGGGCCAGAACCCCAACGCCAGCUUCGGAGAGGUCUCCAAGAUCGUGGCGUCCAUGUGGGACGGCCUCGAGGCCGACCACAAGGACGUCUACAAGAGGAGGACCGAGGCCGCGAAGAAGGAGUACCUCAAGAUGCUGGCAGAGUACCGCGCCAGUCACGUGUCGAAGGGUGGCCUCUCACCCGUGCAGAAGAGUAGCCCUCAGGUCGCGUCGUACGGGGAGGUGGACUCGCCACGCCGGCACAAUGUGCCAAGCCCGCCACGGGCCGCGCCCAGCCCUCAGCGGACGGUGGCUCCGAGCCCGCCUCCGGUCCAGCCGCCCGUCGAGCAUCGGUCGCCACCGCAAGCGGCUCCGAUCGCCAGUCCGUCGCGUACGGUGGAGGCCGUACCCGUUCCGGCGGCUUCGACUCCCGGCGUCGCUUCCGGGGACGGCGGUCCGACGGAAGCUGUGGUUGUGCCUGCGGGACCUCCACGCUGCAUCAGGAGUGGUUGUCUGAAUCCGGCCGUCGAAUCUAUCGAUUGGGACAACGAGUACUGUAGCAGCGAGUGCGUUGUCACGCACUGCGGGGACGUCUUUACGGCGUGGGUGGCGCAGCAGCAGGCGACAAGCAACUUCGUCAAUUCUGGCAUUUCGAAAAUGUCGGUUCGUUAGCAGGCUUCUGUUUUCUUCUCGUCAAUUGAUGUCUUUUCUUAAAUGCGACACGCUAUGAAAAUAUUUGUACCUCGUGGAAUGUUGACUCAUGUACCGUUAUGUAUCUAAACUGCGAUGUUCUUGUAUUAAACAUACCUAUUUCGAGGGU